GUAAUAGGCUGGUAGUCCCCGCCACUUUGUUUACAUCCAACUCAUCCUUGUCAGGUAGACCAGAGCAGAAAAAAAAAACAUAUCUGUCUUCUUCAUCAUCAAGAUUGUUGGAGACUUGUGGAGAGGUGGGAAGUGAAAACAAAACAGCACCAUUGAGUCACCAAGACAUCAGCCGGUUACCUGCAGUAUGAGUGGGGCUGGCAGCAGUGACAGUGGCCUUGACCUCUCUGGCAAGCUGAUCAUUAAAGCUCAGCUUGGGGAGGACAUCAGGCGAAUUCCCAUUCACAAUGAGGACAUGACCUACGAUGAAUUGAUACUCAUGAUGCAACGAGUCUUUCGUGGAUCAUUGUCUCCAGAUGAUGAUAUUACACUCAAAUACAAAGAUGAAGAUGGAGAUUUGGUGACUAUCUUCGACAGCUCGGACUUGGCUUUUGCCAUUCAGUGCAGCCGUAUCCUGAAGCUGACUAUUCUCCUGAAUGGCCAGCGGGGCACAGCACAGGAGAUGCGGGUGUGUUCAUCAGCUCUGAGGCGAGAAUUACGUGCCAUACGUGACAGGGUAACUGCUCUUCUUGAUGCCCUGGAUGUUUCGGCUGAGACAACUCGCAGAACUGUCAGUGAAGUUGAUACAGGUGUGAGCAGCAGUGUGGCAGCUGCAGCAUCACCAGCUCCUCCAGCAGCCAUGCAGCUCAAUAUUUCCUCUAAAGAAUUUGAUCCAUUACAGCAAGCUGAGCAACAACAGCAACAGCAGCAACAGCAACAGCAGCAGGUCUCCUCAGUCAGUCAGCCACAUGCACCAGUCAGCACGCCCACUCCAGCUUCCUCUGCUUCUCUCCAAAGUGAAGUUUCUGGAAUUGUUGAAGAGCAAAGAGUGUACCAAGACAUCAUGUCAUCUUUUGGGUUAUCCCAAGGUACAGUGAAUUAUUGCAUAAUAUUGAGCAUGUUGUCAGCUGGUACAAUAGUUCAUGUUCUUUCUAAAUGUGUGAGCAUAUUCAUAGCAAUUACUUCUUAACUGCUUGUAUAAAAC